CUAUCUCUGGUACCAUCUACACUCUCCGACGCCAUGUACGGUCGUUCCUCCGCCGGAAAUCUCUCCAUGUACGAUGAACCGCCUCGCGGUGGUGGUGAGCGCUGGGAUCGGGAUCGAUUCGAGCGCAUGAGGGGCGGAGGCCGCGGUCCCCCAGACCACGAUCAUUUCCGCUACCAAGAACAUGACCGUUUUCCCGGAGGCCGUCGCGAUAUCGACCUCCACGAGGACUAUGACCGCCGUGGUCCUCCUUCCUCCCGUGGCCCCCCUGUCAUGGAGCGUGAGCGCUAUCGUGAGGAAGAACGAUUCGCUCCCCCAUCUCGCCGCCGGAAUGACUUCUUCCAAGAAGAUACGCCAUCCGAGGUAGCCAACCGUGCACUGGCCCCUUACAGGCGCAAAUCAGUUGUCGAGAGAGAUAUCGACAUUGCUCCUAGGCGCCCAGCCCGUCCCCAGUAUCAUCGUCGCCAGUCCUCCCUGGAUACCUAUGAUCGUCGCCCGCUCCCCCGCUAUGGUGAAGUCGAGGAGUGGAGACCACCAACAAAUGUGCCUAUUCCCUUGCCUAUCCGCGAACGAGAGCGCAGGCGCUCUCCUCCUCGCUUCCACGAGGACGAGUUCGAAGAAGUCAGAUACAGCGAGCGGGAACGGGAACGAGAACCUCGUAGGAGCGAAAGAGUCGAAGAGUACCGUGAAGUAGAGGUUUCGCGCAAGAAAAGCAAGAGUCGGCAUGGAGGAAGCCGAAGCCACGCUCGCAGCAAUGCACAGUCCUCUCGCAGUUCCUCUACCUCCAGUUUUGAAGAGGUCUCGCUUUCCAGGGCAAACUGGGGCAAAAAGGGCAAAACGAGACUGCCCAAGCGUUUGUGCAGAAAGGAAGCCGUGAUCGAGCUGGGUUAUCCUUAUGAAGAAGAGGAUGACUUCCUGAUUGUUACUCGGGCACUUGAAAAAGACCACAUCGACGAGAUCAUUCAGGUCAGCGAGAAUUACAAAGAGACGAAAACUACUUAUGUGUACGAAAACAAAGAGGCCAUGGAGCCUUCUCUACCACCUCCUCCACCGCCUCCUGAGGUCUUCCACAACCCUCCUCCGCCCCCCUCAAUAGUUCCUAGUCAUCACACUCAAAUGGCCCCUCCGCCGCCACCUCCUCCACAAAGCGUGCACUACCCGCCACCUCCGCCUCCUCCACAGAGUGUGCACUAUGCUCAGUCUGUCCGCAGUGUGUCUCCCUCACGUCACGGUCAUGAAGUGUACGAGGAGCGUAUCGAGGAAUCCAACCACAUUGGAGGUCCCCUCACUGUACUUGUACCCGAACAUCACCACCACCAUGACGAUCGCACCCUGGUCCGCAAGGAAGUAUACUCACGAAAUGAACGCGAUAUUAAAGAUGAAAUUCGUCACCUCGAGCAUGAGAGACGCAUGCUCAAGUAUGAGCGCGAGGGCGACUAUGAGAUCAUUGAGCGCAGGGAACCCAAGCGCGAAGUCAUUCGUGUUGACAAAGACCGGAAGGUACGCAAAGAACCGAAAGCGAAAUACGUCGCUGCUGCAAUCGCCACGCUUACCUAG